AAACUUUCCAGUAGCACCACAGGCGGCUGCUGCAAAAAGGCAUAAAGAGAGGGCACUUUGUGUGAAAAAAAAAAGAAAAUGACAAGUCUGCUGUGCAUCACAAUAAUCUCCCUGACACUGACUGGCAGUGCGUACAGUAAGGUGACAACCCCUGCCUUAAAACCAACAGUUAAGAUUUUUGCCAACCUAGGCGCCAAUGUCACCCUGCCCUGCGAGCUCCAGUCCAAAGACACCAUGUUCUUUGGUAGCAUUCGAGCCAAAUGGUCCAAGUUGGCAGAUGAUGAACCACUGAAUGAAGAUGUGCUGCUUUCAAUGGGAAUGCACACGAAGACCUUUGGAAACUACGAGGACCGUGCCUUUAUUGAGGAGUCUGAAGAUGAAGAUUUCUCCUUAAUGUUAAUUGAUGUCUCCAUGGAAGACAUGGGAAAAUACCGCUGUGAGAUCAACAAUGGGAUGGAAGACACCAUACAAGAUAUCAUCUUAGAGGUGAAAGGUGGUGUCAUUGAUGGUGUUGUGUUCCCAUAUUCCCAACGUGUGAGCCGCUACAGACUGAACUUCGACGCUGCUGUACAGGCCUGUUUGGACCAGGGUGCUGCAGUUGCCUCCAUUGACCAGCUGCUUGAAGCCUGGAAGGGUGGCCUGCACUGGUGCAAUGCUGGCUGGCUGAAUGAUGGCACAGUGCAGUAUCCAAUCACCAAACCCAGAGAGCCUUGUGGUGGCUCCAACAAUGGGCCUGGCCUCAGAAGCUAUGGCCGUCAAGACAAACGGAUAAGCCACUAUGAUGUAUUCUGCUACGCUCCUGCACUCAAAGGACGUUUCUAUUGGCUGGUCCAGCCCGACAGUCUGACCUUUGAUGAGGCUGUGCAGGCAUGCUUAGAUGAUGGUGCAGAGAUUGCCAAGGUGGGCCACAUAUAUGCCGCCUGGAAGCUCAAGGGCUACGAUCGAUGUGAUGCUGGCUGGUUGGCUGACGGAAGUGUCCGCUACCCCAUCUCCAGGCCUCGUAAGAACUGCAGCCCCACAGAAGCUGCGGUGAGGCUUGUCGGAUUCCCAGACAAGAACCAAAGGUCUUACGGCGUCUACUGCUACAAGGCUGAGCAGUAAGAGGGUAAAUAGGAAUAAGGAAGCCAUAACCACCAAAGAGCAGC